UCUGAGUUGAUUUUUUUUUUUAAGGAAAAACAAAGAAAGGGGGAUUUAUAUUUUCCUGGGAAACGGUAAAUAAAAAAAAAACAAUAGAAAAAAGAACGAAGGAACAUACGAAAAGAAAAAAGAAAGAAAUGAAAGAAAGACCAAGGGGCAGACUCUGGCUUCUUUCUUUCUCUUUCUUCACAGUUCAGCCUCAAGGAUCUGGGAGCUUCUCAAAAGGGACAAGUCACAACUAAACAGGACGGCCAUAUUUUGAACUUUUUGAUGAUUUUGCUAUUUUAAAAGGUUAAAACAACACUUUUUUAUUAAGCCGGUCCAUGCUCUUCUCCUCCCUCCUCCCCUCUCAUCCCCCUCCUUCUGUUCUUCUCACUCGCUUUUCUUUCUUGAAUUAACCUCAUCACGGCUUUCGGCUUCAGAAUUAAUCAUCAGCAAAGAAAUCGAUAUUUUAUUUGCAUUAAUAUAUAACUUCUAGAUAUUAAACACCUUUUUUGGUAAAGAAUCAGAGAGAAUAUUUCAAAUCCGUCCCUGAAAAACAGGCCUUCUACAGAAAAAAAAGGGCAGAGAGUGGCACAGGACUCUCCCGGAGAGAGGGGUACACGAUGGGACACUUUCCAAUCCCAGUCCCGUCUCAGAGAGACGAGUGACAACACACAGAGGCACUUAAAAGAGAGAGGUAGCGGGAUUCGCGGAUCAAAGCCCACGUUGUCUGGCUGAAGCAGUGAAGUCAUCACAGUGAUGUCAUCGGGACUGUGUGACUGCUUCCUGUUACGUCGUCAUGGCGCCGCGAGGGCUGGGGGGGCGCCGGGGGGGCAGGAGUCUCGGGUGCUUUCACAAGAAGCGCUGAUGUCACAGGAUCUUGUGUACCAGGAAAUCUCUGUCAGCUCGCUGCCUGAAACCCAGAACCAAGCCCCGCCCAAGCAGGACCCUGCCUUCAACACCUUCCAGACCUCCACACUGCUGAUUGACAGCACUAACUCAUCCAAGAGCACAGUGAAGUCCAAUGAGAAGAAAAGAAACAGCACCAUGCCGACCUCACUGGAGGCGCUGGAAUGGAGUCGAUCACUCGAGGUGCUCCUGUCCCAUCACUAUGGGGUGGCGGCAUUCCGCUCGUUCUUGCGCUCCGAGUUCAGUGAAGAGAAUAUAGAGUUCUGGCUGGCCUGCCAGGAUUACCGCGGCACCAAGCCAGCCACAAACGUCAUUCCCAAAGCCCGGAAAAUAUUCUCGGACUACAUCGGAAUACAGGCUCCCAAAGAGAUUAACCUGGACUCUGAAACCCGCGAGGCUAUCAUGCACAGCCUGGCUCAGCCCACGAGAAGCUGCUUCGACGCGGCGCAAACGCGGGUCUACAGCCUCAUGGAGAAGGAUUCGUACCCGCGAUUCCUCAAGUCAAAGAUCUACCUGGACCUUGUGAAGCAAGGGGAGAGAUAGAGAGGAGGGAGGGAGUGAGAAAGAAGCAAAACCUCAAAACCCAAAUCCACAAGCCACUCAGCUGCCCCGUGACCCCUCACCUCUAUUGUUUGUUGUUGUGGCAAUAAAUGAAUUCACAAAGACUUGGAACUGCUGAGCUAAAGGAUCUGCACUGCAGUCUCUACGUCAAAGACUUGUAACUUUAAAGCACCUCUGUGGCCUCAAAGCUCUCAGCAUCAUGUUUAACCUGCAAGUACAGCCAGUAUACCAUAGUGUAACCCUCCCCAGUACAGGUGAGAAGUACCAUGUUUGCAGAAAAUACUGCCAGCAGUCUGAAACCAAGCAGUACAUUACAGUACAAAGUCAAGUAACCACACAAUGGGAGUGUGAGCAGUCUUGCUUAUCUUCUGAAAACUACUGAAAGCGCCAAAAGUGUUUAAAAGUGCUUUAAAAGUGCAACGCAGCCAUUUAAGAAACUGUUUUAAACCAAUGAAGAAAUUGGGAAAUCUGGCUGAUGAGACUUCUGGAUAGUCAUCUCUGUACUGUAUUAUUAUAACAUUGCUAGCUGUGGUUAAGUCAAUUGCCAUUGUCAAUGGGUAGAUGCCGUAAUACUGAAGUAGCUACAAGGACAGAGAAUGCUAGUAAUACUGUGAACUACAACACGCAUCAAGAAGAAACACGACAAGGACAUGAGCGCUCUUUCAGCUUCUUUCAAUGAGACUCCGGGCUCUUGAAAAACAAUCUGUGAACCGAAAAUACGUAAAGUUUUAGGAAAGUGGGCCUGUGGCAGAGUGGUUGUUGCAGUGAUGACAUCACGGACCAGAAAGGAGCUACGGCACUCAGCUAUUUUAUUAAAUAAUAAAGCAAAAGAUUUAAACAAACACAAAACACCACAAAACAAAAGGGCACGUUGGCCAAACAAACAAUAACGAAACAAGUAUAUUUAAAUAUAGCAAUUGUUUUUCUCUCCACAAAGCACGUCUCGUCUCUCCCCCCUUGCGCAGACAGCUGCAGGCUUUUAUAUUCUGGCCGAGGGGUUAACUAGCUGUUAAUUAUCUUAUUACCCCUCGGCCACAGUCUGCAUGACUUUAGUAAGGAUGCGUGACUGUCAGCUGGUUAAAUAAUCAGUAGCUGUGGUUCCCGAGUGGCGCAUCCAGUAAACACGCUCCAUGUGGAGUGCAGAAUGCGCUCUAUAGCCUGGACAUCGCGAGUUCAAGUCCAGGCUAUUCCAUAGCCGGGUGCCUGCGGGCUUGCCUGUAAGCUGCCCGAGAGCUGCGUUGUCCUCCGACGCUGUAGCUCUUGGGUGGCUGCAUGGUGAGUCCGCAGUGUGAAAAAAGCGGUCGGCUGACGGCACACGCGUCGGAGGACAGUGUGUGUUCGUCUUCACCCUCCCGAGUCAGCGCAGGGGAGGCAGCGGUGAGCUGAGCUUAAAAAAUAACUGGCCAUUCUAAAUUGGGAGAAAAUAAUAAAAAUAAUUGGCAACGACUAAAUUUAUAGAAAUUUAAAAAAAAAAAAAAAUCAGUAGCUGAUCAGUCACGCAUCCUCCGAGGUUUUAAAAUAUAAAACAAUAACAAAUAACAAUUGGCUUUCGUCAUAAUAUAAACAUAAAUCAUAAGAUAAAAUAAAUAAUAAACAAAGGGGUAAAGGGGCGGGACACUCCGCCACACAUGCCCCCCCUUGUGCGCAGCACACAUGGCCUUAAAAGGCCACCUCCCCCCUCAGUCCCCAAAGUCCCGGUUCAUAGUCCCGGCCCAGGAACAGGGGCAGCAACGGGCCAAAGGUGCCGGCCACGAUGGAAGGUCCUCCUCCCACCCCAACAGCUGUAGUGGCCAGGCUGACCAAAGCAAACUUGCGGCCAUCUGGCGGCCUGUGGGGGUGGUCUCCUGACCUUCCCCCCCACUCUCUGUAGCCAGCAGCUCCCUCUUCUGGGGCUCCAGCCACCGAAUUUCCUGCAGCGAAACUGCUGCGGGGGGAGCUGGUCUCCUGACCUCACCCCCCAUCUUCAUAGCUGGCAGCUUCCCAGGCAAAGCAGAGCCGGUGGCGACCCCAGGCGGCGACCGCAGCAGCGGACCCUCGGGAGACGACGGCAGCAGCGGACUCCCCGGGCGAUGCAUGGCAGGCAUCCUUGGGCGGUGCGAGGCAGGCAUCCUUGGGCGGUGCGAGGCAGGCAUCCUUGGGCAGUCCUUCCCAUGGCGGUGGAGGUGGAACCAGCAGGUAUUCACCCUCUGUUGGUGGAGGUGGGAG